GGGAGCAGCGGGGCCCGCCCUGCGGGCACUGGGAGGCUGAGCCCGGCGCGCCCGACAGCCGGGGCCGGCCCCUGCCCCUGCCCCUGCGCGCCCCAUGGCUCUGCAGAGGCUGUGUCGCGGCAGCGGGGCGCUCGGCUGCAGGAGGAGCUCCGGCCUGCAGGGCCAGCUGCCGGGGAAGCUGGUGGAGGCCCUGCGAGCCGUGGUGGGGACCCCGAAUGUGUCCACAGCCCUGGCUGCCCGGGAGCAGCACGGGAGGGAUGAAUCCAUGCACAGGUGCAGCCCGCCGGAUGCUGUGGUCUGGCCCCAGGACUUGGAACAGGUCAGCAAGCUGGCGGGAAUCUGCUACAGUCAUGGUGUCCCCAUCAUCCCCUUCAGCACUGGCACGGGCCUGGAGGGCGGCGUCACCGCAGUGAGGGUACGGAGCGGGGGCCCAAUGGGCGGCGUGUGUUUUAACCUGACCCGAAUGGAUCGCAUCACAGCGCUCAGCACUGAGGACUUUACUGUGGCUGUGGAGCCGGGGGUGACCCACAAAGCGCUCAACAACUACCUGCGGGACACCGGCCUCUGGUUCCCUGUCGACCCCGGCGCUGAUGCCUCCCUGUGCGGCAUGGCGGCCACCAGCGCCUCGGGCACCAAUGCUGUGCGCUACGGCACCAUGCGCCACAACGUGCUCAACCUGCAGGUGGUGCUGGCUGAUGGCAGGGUGCUGCACACGGCUGGCCAGGGCCGCCACUUCAGGAAGAGCGCUGCCGGCUACAACCUGACAGGGCUGUUUGUGGGCUCCGAGGGGACACUGGGGCUCAUCACCCAGGCUACGCUGCGGCUCCAUGGCAGCCCUGAGGCCACAGUGGCAGCCGUGUGCGCCUUCCCCAGUGUGCAGGCGGCGGUGGGCUGCACGGUGCAGGUGCUGCAGGCCUGCAUCCCCGUGGCCCGGAUCGAGUUCCUGGAUGAUGUCAUGAUGGCUGCCUGUAACCGGUUCAGUGGCCUGAGCUACACCGUGUCCCCCACGCUCUUCCUGGAGUUUCACGGCUCGCCCAGCAGUGUGGAGGAGCAGGUCCGGCAGGCAGAGGAGAUCGUGCAGCUGAAUGGCGGCUCAGACUUUGCCUGGGCCCGGGAACCAGAGGCAAGGAACAAGCUGUGGGCCGCUCGGCACAACGCCUGGUAUGCAGCCUUGGCCCUGCGCCCUGGAAGCAAGGGCUACUCCACGGACGUGUGCGUCCCCAUCUCCCGGCUGCCCCACAUCGUGGGAGAGACCCACAGAGACCUGCAGGAGUCGGGGCUCACAGGCCCGAUAGUUGGGCACGUGGGCGACGGGAACUUUCACUGCAUACUGGUGUUCGACCCGGCCAACCUGGCCGAGAGCCAGCGCGUCAAGGAGUUUGCAACCCGACUGGCCAGACGGGCCCUAGCCCUGGACGGCACCUGCACGGGUGAGCAUGGCAUCGGCCUGGGCAAGCGCCAUCUGAUGCGGGAGGAGAUCGGGGAGCUGGGACUGACUGUCAUGAGGCAGAUCAAGGCCACGCUGGACCCCAAGAAUCUCAUGAACCCUGGGAAGGUGCUGUGAGGGGCACCGCCCACCCUUGCCCAGCCAGCCCAGAGCAGCGCUGGCAUGGCAGGUUCCCUCCCCCUCUCCAUGCAGACAGUGACUCAAGUCUGGACCCUUGAGCCGAGUUGAGGCCACUGGAUCGUAUGUGCCACGGGAGGGAGGGACUGGAAGCGGUAGAAGGCAGCAGGCUUAAUGUCAGCAAACCCCUUCCUGUCCUCCCUGCCUCUCCUGGCCCUGGGCUCCCCCACAGCUCUAAUAAUACCCCGCUUCACCUUUCCCAGCCCUGGGCUCCCCCCUCACCUCUGUCCCAGCCCCCCCCCUCUGCCCUAGGACCUCCCAGCUCUGUCCCAGCUCCCCCCACUGCCUCUCCCAGCCCUGUGACUCCCCCUAGCUCUCCUAUCACCCUCCUCUCCCCCGGUCACCUUUUCUGGCCCUAGGCUCCCCACUCUCAGCUCUGCCUCAGCCCUCCUGCCUCUUCCAGCCCUAGGACCCCCACCCCAGUUUUGCUAGUGGCCUUGUGACAAUGUGGGGAAUUUUCUUAACAGUUUGUAUGAAUACUGUGUGGGCCUCAGUUUCCCCUGUGUGCUGCUGUUUACCCAGGGGGUGGGUGAGGGGGUUUGGUGUUGCAGAGGCCCAGGUGUGACCCUGCCUAGCAGCCUGGCCUGGACGCUGUGUCACUUAGCUACUGAUGACUAGGUGGCCCUGCCCAGCUUGGAACCCACUGGGUCUGGCCAGCGGGAGAGCAAAGGGCUGCAGAGGGCCCAGGGGAUGUGUGUGCCCGGAACAAAGACAAAGGACGGAGGAAGGGCCUUUGAGGAGGUGGUAGAGGGGGUCGGCUGGAUGGACAAAGAGGGGGCUGGGCCCGCUGGGACUUGGCCAGACCCAGUUGUACUGUGCGGUAACUUCCUACUCUGUGUUCCCCACUUCCAAUAACCGCUGCUUUACAUGCUGGCUGAGUCACUACAGGCUAAACAGGCGGGGGCCGUAUUGCUCCCUCAGGGUGGGCAGGCCGUGGGGGCGCUGACAGGGGCUCACGGGGUGAGGCCGCGGGCUGGCGGUGGAGGCAAAGGGCUCCCCCUCGUGAGAACGCGUGACCUUACGGAGGGUAACAUUGCAAAGGGGCCUUCUCAGGGACCGGAUGGAGGCGUGAGCGAGCACCAGGGCUGUGCUUGUGUGACACUCCUCAACCCCAGCCUGCAGGCCCCUGCUGGCCCAGCCUUGGCCUAGGUCCUUCCCCCAACCCAUUCUGCCAGCACCCUGCACAGCAGAGCCAUGGCGCUGGCUAACGCAAAUCCAGCCCCCCCAAAGCCAGUACUAAAGCUGGCUGUGAGCAGAGUGACCUCCUGCCCUGGGACAGGGGCAGAGGGCUGGGGGGGGAGGGUAUUCCCCACAGUGCUCAGUCAAUAAACCCACCUUCUGCAAAGCAGGCCCCCAAAUCCGGCAGUGCCCAGGGCCCACCCCCACCCUCCCUGCUGCCCAGCCGGGUGGUGCCAAGGGCCACAGACGGCACCUGGAGCCUAGCAUGGCUUUAUGCCCGUCUAUGGCUCCGGGCAUCCAGACUGGGUGCUGAGAGCCUGGCCCAGCAUGGCAGCCACUGUGCCAGCUUCCCAUGGCAGGGGCAGAAGCACCUCAGUCCUGUGUGGCCCAGCACCCGCCAGGGCAAAGCUCCAGACAGGUAAGGGCAGGAGUAGGGCAUGCUAGGGGGCACCUGUGCCAUGCUGUUCAUGGGGCCUGCUGGGCAUGGAGAUAGAGUGGAGAGGGGCCAAUGGGGCCCCAGGUGGCUCCCCUCUGCCCCUGCAGUCUGGCCGUCCCCGAGCUCUGCGUGGAGCACAGCGUAGGGGUGAGCCCUGUGUUCAGCCUGCAGCAAACAUGGGAAUUGUUUGUAAUACAGCUGUGAAGCCCACGUCUGCCUCAGUUUCAGUUGCCUGGAUACCCAGUGGGUACAAAAGGGUUAAUGUUGCACCUGGCCUAUGCUGGCUGGUGAACCUGCCCCAGCUCCCCCAGGGGGCCAGAGACAAUGGCAGACCCCCAGCCGGAACAGCUGACAGCACGGCCCAAGGGGUUUCCCUGCAGGAAGAGGUGACCCACCCCCAGGAGCAAGCUGGGGCCCCCAGCACCCUUCCCUGCCAGCAAGCUCCUGACUCUCCUCGUACCUCCAGGGGACUGCCUGCCCCAGAAGGAGCAUGCACAAGCUCCCAACUUCCCAGUGAGGGGGCAAUGGGGCAGGAGAACUGCUCCCCACAGGCACAGCAUGGGGCUCCCCUGCCAGCCAGCACCUCCCUGGGGGCUGGCUGGGAGCCCAUCCCUCCCCCUGCCUAAUAGCUACAUGUGCCUCCUUCACCCCCCCAGGAGCCCAGCCCUGCAGCCCCCUGUGCCCAUCCCUUCUGCCUCCAGCACUGCCCAACAGAGAGAGGGCACUGUCACCCUUGGCAGCUGCAACCGCUGCAUGGGCCUGGUAGAGGCUGCAGGCGCCACGUGGCCUUCCCCAGCAUCGCCUGCGCCUGGCCUACUGGGGCACUAGCAUAGGAUGGCUCAGCAGGGCCCCUACCCUGCUCCCCAAGGCUUGUGAGCCUGGGGUCUGGCCCCAGAGCCUAGGCCUGCACAGCAAAGCCUGGUGGAGACCCGUACUGCAAGGCGAGAGGCCCUGCCACGGUUCCCCCUAGUGGGAAGCUGGAGCCCCCGACCCUGCAGGGCAGGUUCCCGGUGCUGGAGCUCCAGCUGUGAGCAAUGGCCUGGCCCAACAAAGGGCCAGUCUGGCCUCAGCGCCCACCUGCAGGAGGGAGUCUCUGGACCAGCCUGGUGGAGCCCCUGAGUCCUCUGUCCUUGUGGCCCCUGCCUGCACCUGCCGGGGAGCUCCUGUGGCCCCAACUCCUCCCCAAGGCCAAAGGCUGGGGCCCUUCACCUCCAAGACAGUCCUUCACAUGGCUGGGGGCAAGGAGGCAAAGCAAAGCCCCCCCUAGUGCAUCUGAGAAAGGACAUGGGCUUCGCAAAGGGGCGGGAUGUGGGGCUCAUAAGUGCUCCCAGCUGUGGUAAGCAAAGGUGCAUGUGUGCAGCCGUGUGUGGUGCCUGUGAGCUGUGGGUGUGUACGUGGCUUUGUACAUGUGCACAUCCUGCAUCUGCCUGCCUGCGUAAGCACGUCACACGAGAGUGGUCAUGUGGGCAGUGCCCCGAACACCCUCUCUCCAGCAGGCACAGCAGCACGGACCUGGGGCAGCCAUGGGGCACCCCAGGGCAGGGCUUGGCUGCUCCAGCACCGUGGGAAUUCACACAGCCUGGCCUUUCCGCAGCCAGGGAGCGUAAACCCUGCUGGCACUCGGGCUUGGCUCCAGCACCACACAGGGCCAUGGCACCAACGUCAUGCAGCAGGAUCUUCCUCACCUCCACACCUGGGCCUCUGCUCUCAGCCAGGCCCCCAUGCUGGAAGCCACAUGGCACCAUGGUGCUGGUUGGUGACUGCAGAGCCUUUAAUUGCAUCCAGCCCCCCCCCCCAUUUGGGUAACCACAGCGACCAGUGCCCAUUCGGGCCCUAAAUCAGUGCCCCCAGCAGCUGUACUUGCAGCCAGGGGUGUAGGCGAGCCCAUGGAUCAGCAACAGUAACAAGCCACCAACUGAUCCAUACCUGAGAACUCUGGUGAUGACGUUAGACCAGCUUCCAGCUCCCACCCCAUGGCCAGGCCGGCCCCACAGGGACAGGCUCCAGCUCCCUCCCCCAUGGCCGGGCUGGCCCCACAGAGCCCACGGUGACCAGAAUCCAGCUCCCGCCCCAUGGACGGGCUGGCCCCACAGAGCCCACGGUGACCAGAAUCCAGCUCCCGCUCCCAUGGCCAGGCUGGCCCCACAGAGCCCCCGGUGACCAGAAUCCAGCUCCCGCCCCGUGGACGGGCUGGCCCCACAGAGCCCACGGUGACCAGAGUCCAGCUCCCUCCCCCAUGGCCGGGCUGGCCCCACAGAGCCCACGGUGACCAGAAUCCAGCUCCCGCCCCGUGGACGGGCUGGCCAAGCUCAGAGCACCACAGCAGUAACCCCCAUUCUCAGCACCCCCAGGAGCUCUGACUCCACGGCAGGCGGGGACAGAUCUCUUACAGAGGGGCCUUUUGUAGCAGAGUCACUGUUCAGAGCAUGCCUGUUUUCUAGGGCUCCCACCAAGGAAGGGGGCAACUUCCCAGGGCAGUAAUCUCUGGCAGUGCUGGCUGCUGCCAUGGGACAGAGGGUGACCUAGAGAUUUGCCAGGGUGCCAAUACAAAUAGGAGAUAAGAUCAACUUGUGUUGGGAAUUGGUUCCCACCCGGCCUGCCCAUGAGAAUGGCACCAUUGCCCCAAUCUGUCCUCGGCCGAGCCCUGCGGGUACAUGGGAAGCUGAGCUCAAUGCAGGGCAGGGCUGUCUGAUCAACCUUAGUAGCGAUUACAGCCCUGUCUCUGAAAUGGCCAGACCCAGCUAGGCAUGCUCGCCAUCCCUGGAGUAGGUUGAUGGGUCUCUGCAGGGCUGCCGACAAGAUCGGGGCCGCAUCUGGGGCAAGGUCUGGCUUUGAUCCAGUGCGCAGCUCCCUGCACCACACUGCCCCACUUCCGCUGGCAGCUUCUAGGUGCUACUGUCAUAGAAUAAUGAGGCACCCUUUGCACUGCUGCUUGGGGGAGCGGAGAGACGGACUCCUGGUCAAGCUGAUUUAGGGCAGAGUGGGGGCAGGGAAGGGCCUGUCAUCUUCAUACCACCACUCUGAUCUUCUCUAGCAGCCAGGAAUUCCCCCCACGCCCUAAUAUCACUGCACCGGUGCUGUCAGGGAAAGGGCCUAGGGAACCUUGACUGCAGAAGCGGCCAUGGGGCAAGGGGGCAGUUAACAUCUCAUUGUGCUGAAGGGGCACAGGGGACAUAAACCAGGAGGGUGCCGUGGCCGCUUCUGCAGUCAAGGUUCCCUAGGCGCUUUCCCUAACAGCAUCGGUGCAGUGAUAUUGGGGCGUGGGGGGGAUUGGGUAGGGGAGGCUCUGCACUGUUCCCAUCUAGCUUCUAAGACAGGCAAACUUUGCUUCCAAGAGGCUGGGAGGGAAGGAAGGGAGGGAGGGAUCAGCAAGGAAAGCUGCCUCAUGCGGGCCAGAAAGUGUAGGGGAAAGGGAGAUCUGCCACAAGCCGAGCAGAGCUGCACUGUGCAAAGGGCAUUAAAACCAACAGUGACAGGUGUGACAGCCCUAACUACAAAAAAACCAAGGAAAGAAGGAGGAGGGCUGAGCGCUGAGAAGGGGCUGGAGAUAUUUUUAAGGUCAGGCUUGACAAAGCCCUGGCUGGGAUGAUUUAGUUGGGGAUUGGUCCUGCUUUGAGCAGGGGGUUGGACUAGAUGACCUUCUGAGGUCCCUUCCAACCCUGAUCUUCUAUGAUAAAGAUAAUCUAGGCAUGGCCCAACGCCUACACAAACUUGGCCUCAGUUUUCCCCAGGGUCAGGAGGACUUGGGGGCAGUGGCAGGGUGGCUCAUGGGAAUGAGGAUUGCUAAUAUACCCAUAGUUAAGGGGAAACAAAAGUGAUCUGGGAAAUUACAGGCCCAUUAGUUUGACCUCAGUUGUAUGCAAGGUUUUAUAACACAUUCUGUAACAGCCAUUAAGGACAGAGGUGAAUGGGAAUCAAGAUAAAAUACACGGUUUUACAAAAGGUAGAUCAUGCCAGAUCAACCUGAUCUCCUUUCUAGACAAAGGAAAUGCAGUAGAUCAAAUCUACUUGGAUUGCCUUAAGGCAUUUCAUAUGAGUCUACACAGGAAACGAUUAGUUAAAUUUAAGAAAAUGGGGAUUAACAUGAAAAUGGAAAAGGUGGGUAAAGAACGGGUUAAAGGGGGACCAUUGAAAGGCUAGUGGAGUUCCUCAGGGAUCGGCCUUGGGAUCCGUCUCAUUCAACAUUUGCAUUGACCUUGGCACAAAAAGUGGGACUUCGCUAAUAAAAUUUGCAGAGGACAUUGGGAGGCAUUGCCAAUAUAGAGGAGGACUGGAAUAUAAUACAAGAAGAGCUAGAGGACCUUGAAAACUGGAAUAAUAGAAAUGGGAUGAAAUUUAAUAGUGCAAAGUCAUGCACUUUGGGACUAACAACAAGAAUUUUUGCUAUAAACUGAGGACAAAUCAGUUGGAAGUGAGAGGAGAAAGACCUGGGCGUAUGGCUCAGUCAUCCUGUGAUCAGUGUGAUGCGCUGUGAAAAAGGCUAAAGUCAAUCCUAGGAUGCAUCUGGCGAGGUAUUUCCAGUAGAGACAGGGAAGUGUUAUUGCCAUUAUACCAGGCACUGGUGAGACCUCACCUGGAACACUGUGCGUGGGAUACUAUGGUCUCCCAUGGUAAGAAAGAUGAAUUCAAACUGGAAGAGGAGCAGCGAAGAGCUACUAGGAUGAUCUGAGUAAUGGAAAACCUACCUUGCGAGAGGAGAGUCAAAGAGCUUGGCUUGUUCAGCCUCACCAAAUGAAGGCUGAGGGGAGAUAGGAUCACUCUCUAUAAAUACAUCAGAGGGAUAAACACCGGGGAGGGAGAGGAGUUAUUUAAGUUAAGAGCCAACGUUGUACAAAAACAAAUGGAUAGAAACUAACCAUCAAUAAGUUUAGGCUUGAAAUUAGAUGAAGAUUCUAACCAUCAGAGGAGUGAACUUCUGGCGUAGCCUCCCAAGGGGAGCAGUGGGGGCAAAAAACCCAACUGGCUUCAAGACUGAGCUUGAUAAGUUUAUGGAGGGGUGUCAUAAAUAUAAAGGGAAGGGUAAACCCCUUUAAAAUCCCUCCUGGCCAGAGGAAAAAAAAUCCUCUCACCUGUAAAGGGUUAAAAAGCUAAAGGUAACCUCACUGGCACCUGACCAAAAUGACCAAUGAGGAGACAAGAUACUUUCAAAAAGCUGGGAGGAGGGAGAGAAACAAAGGGUCUGUGUGUCUGUCUAUAUGCUGUUUCUGCCGGGGAUAGACCAGGAAUGGAGUCUUAGAACUUUUAGUAAGUAAUCUAGCUAGGUAUGUGUUAGAUUAUGAUUUCUUUAAAUGGCUGAGAAAAGAAUUGUGCUGAAUAGAAUAACUAUUUCUGUCUGUGUAUCUUUUUUGUAACUUAAGGUUUUACCUAGAGGGAUUCUCUAUGUUUUGAAUCUAAUUACCCUGUAAGGUAUCUACCAUCCUGAUUUUACAGAGGUGAUUUCUAUUUACUUCUAUUUCUAUUAAAAGUCUUCUUGUAAGAAAA